CCUUAUAUAUUUUCCCCAUGUUACAAAGAAUCACUUACCAAUCUUCCUACUCACUGCUUAGUUGUCUCACCCAUCUUCCUUAGAUUCGCUUUAAAUUUUCAUUUGUCUUCUUCUCCCAAAGGGUUUCAAAGACGAGACAGGAAUCUUGAGCAUCCAGACAGCUUAGAUAGAUCUCUCCGUGCUGUCCAUUUGACCAAAUAAGUCAUCUGCUUCACACUUUACAAUCACAGCAUUAUAUAAGGGAAGCUCUAAACACAAGCCUAAUCAUGCAGCAGUUUCUUCGAUGGCUUUCUAAAGUUACACAAGGACAAGCAAGAGAGGAGACUUCUGCUCCUACCAACAAGAAAAAAGAAAUUAGUGAUCAAGAAGCUAAACAGAACUACAUAAUUGUCUUUAAGAGUGGGGGUGUUGGUGUCUAUCGAAAAACAAAAGGAUUUGAAGAAGGCAAACCCGCUCGUAAGAAGUUCAAGCCAUUUGCCUUUCUGUGUAGAAAGGAUAUAGCACAGGCUUGCUUUGAUAGUACUCUUCAUUUGAGGAGACUUGAUAGCAUAAAUAGGAGGCAGCAAAAGCAGUGUUGGACUCGAUCCAUGAAGAUGAAGAAAGAAGAUAUUGCUAGAGGUUUGGAAAAUAGUAACAAGGUGGAUGCAGCUAAUGUAGGCAGCAAGGUUUUACCAGUAAGUGACUCAACGUUAUCAACCUCUACUAACAAAAACCAUGACCAAUGUGGAGCAUCAGAAAAGAAAGAAAGGAUUAAGGGGGACAAGACUAAAACAUUAUCAAGAAUGAAGGAGCUAAUAAGAUGGGCUGCUGCAGCAAAAUCAGCUGAAAAGGGUGGAAAAUACAUUGGCCGAAAGGUUCUGCAAUUUCGCAAUCGUGGAACUCUAAAACCAGUACCAGAUGAUGAUCAGUUAAGCAAUGACUCCCCAAAGAUCAGCUUUAGAUGGGAAUUGGAAAGCUGCUCCACCACUUCCUCUGCCUACUCGGCAAUUUCAGUAGCAUCUUCAUUGAAGACUGAUCAAAUUAUGAACAUUCAAUCUUUGAAUUCAACGAAGCUUCAGGACACAGAUCACUGGCAACCCAAGAAUGGGAAUUGGAUCACUUCAGACUCUGACUUUGUUGUGCUAGAGCUAUGAAAUGAAGAAGGAAGGCCUAGAGUGUAGUUUUCAAGAGUUGCUUCAAUCAAAUGCUUAAUGAUUGUACCUUAUAUAUAAUGAUUGAAGAUGUUAAAUUUUCUGAGAGUUUGAGACGGUAGAUGUUUGAAUGUAAAAUCAAGGAAAUGAUUUAUCAAUGAAAUUGGCCUAGAUCAGUUUAUAUUCUAACCAAAGUAAUCCAUCUAAGUGAUGCAAGUUUUAAA